CCCUUCUGCAAGCUGAUUCAGCUGUUUGCCUUUCUUCAUCCGAUUCACUCAAGUGUUUUUCAGUCCUGACUUCCAGCUAAAUCAAACCCAUCUUUUUUAAUUGGUAACUUGUCUAGCCUAGAGACCGUUUGCUGUGACAGCUGCUGAUGAGGAGCACGUUUUAGAGGGAUCGUCCAGCACAGCAGAAAGAUUUCAGCUCUGUGCAAGAAUGCAGCAGCAGGUCUAGACUCGAACUUCCGCAUUGAGCAGGAAGAAGUCAACAGAGAACCGAAUCAACACACCCAGAUCUGACUACACGUGUCUGUUAUCUUUUCUCGUGUUCAGUUACAGGCUAUAACAUUUUGAAGUGGAGCUAAUGUCCAUCAGGCUUUUAUUUAGAGACUAUCUGGUGAAACAAGGCUAAAAACCUCAAAGAAGAUGGAAGACAUCGAUGCCAUGUUCAGCGACCUGCUGGGGGAGAUGGACCUCCUCACCCAAAGUCUCGGAGAGGAAAUACCACCUCCUGCACCUCUCCCCAACACCAAAAAAGAAGUCAGCUUCACCAUGGACUUUGCUAACUUUAAUGAGUCUCUACAUGAGCUGGAGGACACUGACUUGGACGCGCUCAUGGCUGACCUGGUAGCUGACCUCAGCGCCACAGAAGAGAAACUGACCGCAGAGAUCCAAGGUCUGAAGGCGCCAUCACCACCUCUGCCAGACCUACCGCCUCCACCCAGAGACCUGAGCUUCCCGCCGGCCCCCUACGACUCAUCAUCAUCUUCGUCAUCAUCAUCGUGUAGAGACAGCAGCAGCAGCCUUGUUAGCACAUCGGCCACCUCCCCUCUGCCGCCUCCUCAAGCAGGAAAGCCAUCAAAGGAGGACAUAGAAGCACAGAUGAAAGCUGACAAAAUCAAACUUGCACUUGAGAAGCUUAAAGAAGCCAAGGUGAAAAAGCUGGUGGUGAAAGUGCUGAUGAAUGACGGCAGCUCCAAGACUCUGAUGGUGGACGAGAGACAAACGGUUCGAGAAGUUCUCGACAACCUGUUUGAGAAGACGCACUGCGACGCUAACGUGGACUGGAGUCUGUGCGAGACGAACUACGAACUUCAGCUUGAGCGGACGUUUGAGGACCAUGAAAACAUGGUGGAGCCUCUGUUGGCGUGGACGAGGGACAGUGAAAACAAAGUCCUCUUUCAAGAGAGAAGAGAUAAAUUUGAGGUCUUCAAAAACCCACAGAAUUUUUAUCUCUGGAAAAAGGACAAGAAAACGCUCAAAGACAUGAAAGACAAAGAUAAGGAACUGCUGAUAAAGGAGAACUUCUGUGGGCCCUCCAUCAUCGUUCCCGAUCUGGAGGGGGUGCUAUAUCUGAAAGAGGAUGGGAAGAAGUCGUGGAAGCAGCGACUCUUUCAGCUCAGGGCUUCAGGAAUUUAUUACGUUCCCAAAGGGAAGACCAAGUCGUCUCGUGACCUCGUCUGCUUCGUCCAGUUUGACAACGUGAACGUUUACUUUGGGAAAGAUGUUAAGAACCGCUACAAGGCUCCAACUGACUUCUGCUUUGUUCUAAAACAUCCUCAGAUCCAGAAAGAGUCUCAGUACAUCAAAUAUCUGUGUUGUGACGACGACUGGACGAUGCGCCUCUGGAUGACGGGGAUUCGGAUUGCAAAGUAUGGCGCAUUGUUGCAUGGAAACUAUAAAGCAGCAGAGAAGAAGUCAGUGGUCAGCUCUGCAUGGACAAACCGCAGCACUCCAUCCAGCUCCAACCAGUCGACACCGUCACCCACCAUCAGAGCCAAAGCUUCAAGCCAGUCCAAUGGUCACGCUUCCAAACCACAACCAGGAUCUGAUCAUCAGGACUUUGGAAAUCUCCCACCUCCACCUCCACCAUUGAACGAGAUCCUUCCUCCACCUUCACCUGACCCAGUCCUUCCACCUCCACCACCUUCACUGGCUUCCAAACCCAGUGGACCACACCGAAAACAACCCAGUGGUUUUCCUCCACCUCCUCUUGGGAUAGACAACAACCUCCCUCCUCCACCGCUGCCUCCACCCAUUGACGAAGCUCCUCCAGAUUUCCUUCCACCCCCUCCUCCAAAUACCGGAAUUGGUUCCUUCCCCCCUCCUCCUCCAAACACUGGCUUUGGUUCCUUGCCUCCUCCUCCUCCUCCUGUUAGUUCUCUUCCACCUCCACCUCCACCCGCCAGUUUUGGGGGCAUUAAAAAAUCUCUACAUCCUCCACCACAAGAUCCUCAGUUUUUGCCCCCACCUCCACCUGAUCCAGUGUUUACAAGUGCUGGGGCACCCCCACCACCCCCACCUCCCCCUCCUGCUUUUGCGGCCACCCCACGUGCAAAUGCCCGGCCUGCCGGGUCAGUGAAGAAGAUGCCUCCUGCUCCCCCAAAGAGGACUACACCAGUGGCAGGAGGUGGAGGAGGCGGAGGGGACUUAAUGUCAGAACUGAUGCUCGCUAUGAAGAAACGUAGUGACCAUUAAACAGAAGAACCAUAAAUAUAAAACAGACAGAAACAUUUAUCUUUCAUACUUUGGAGACGAAAAUAGAUUCAUCUCCAAAGGAAUUUAUCCAUCCUUCAUCUUUAUCCUAAGCAAGAGACUUUUUUCUCACUUUAUUGCUGUAAAUGAUGUAAAAACAACUACGAUACUCUGGAUCUCGUGUGUUUUCUUAGGGGAGCUAGCUACCAACAGAGAAAGACAACAAGAGUUGAUGCCCUCCAGUGGUGACAAGCUGGAAUUACAAUUGAUUUCUGUUAAACUAGCCUGGUAAGCUGUCCUAUUUAGUCUGGCCACAACCCACAGAGCAGUGAACGUCACCUGGUGGCUCGCGGGCCACACUCGGUCCGCCAUUUUUACUGAAUCAGGAAUAGAGAACAUGCAUGUUCCACUUUUUUCUUUAUCAAAUUAAACAAACUGAAAAACAACCUUUAAUCAGAAAUGACUACAAA